CUCCUGGGCAGGCUCCUGCAGGGGCGUGGCAGCAGCGUGCCCGCUGGCUUUGACGCGAUGGAGCGGGGCCUGAAGAACGUCCUCGUGGUAUCCUUGGGGUUCCUGCUGCUCUUCACAGCCUAUGGGGGGCUGCAGAACUUGCAGAGCAGCCUGCACAGCGAGGCCGGCCUCGGAGUGGCCACGCUCGGCACGCUCUACGGUGGCGUCCUGCUGUCCUCCCUGUGCCUCCCGCCCGUCCUCAUCCAAAGCCUGGGCUGCAAGUGGACCAUCGCUGUCUCCAUGUGCGGCUACGUGGCCUUCUCACUGGGCAAUUUCUAUGCCAGCUGGUACACGCUGAUGCCCACCUCCAUCCUGCUGGGGCUCGGCGCAGCGCCCCUGUGGUCGGCCCAGGGCUCCUACCUCACCAGCCUCGGGCACGCCCACGCGGACAAGACAGGCCGCCUCAGCAAGGACGUGGUGAACCAGUACUUUGGCCUCUUCUUCCUCAUCUUCCAGUCGUCUGGCGUGUGGGGCAACCUGAUCUCCUCUCUGGUGCUUGGCCAGACACCCACUCGGGAGCUCGUCCCUGAGGAGCAGCUGGCAUCCUGUGGGGCCCGUGACUGCCUCAUGGCCACCACAUCCACCAACAGCACCCAGCCGCCCUCACAGGGGCUCAUCUACACGCUUUUGGGCAUCUACACGGGGAGCGGGGUCCUGGCUGUGCUGCUCAUAGCCGUUUUCCUGGAGCCCAUAGACAACGAACAGCCCAAGAAGGGAGGAGAGAAGGCGCCGGCCGUCUGGUCCACCUUGUUGUCCACCAUCGGGCUCUUCCGGGACAGGCGCCUGUGUCUGCUGAGCCUGCUGCCUCUCUACAGUGGGCUGCAGCAGGGCUUCCUGUCGGGCGAGUACACCCGGUCCUACAUCACCUGCGCGCUGGGCAUCCACUUCGUGGGCUACGUGAUGAUCUGCUUCUCGGCCACGGACGCGCUGUGCUCCAUGCUCUACGGGAAGGCCUCGCAGUUCACCGGCAGGGUGGCCAUCUACGCGCUUGGUGCCAUCGCCCACGUCUCCUGCAUCCUGGCCCUCCUGCUGUGGAGUCCUCACCCCAGCCAGCGCGCCCUGUUCUUUGUCUUCGCUGCCCUCUGGGGCCUGGCAGACGCCGUGUGGCAGACCCAGAACAGCGCUCUGUAUGGAGUCCUGUUUGAGAAGCACAAGGAAGCUGCCUUCGCCAGCUACCGCCUCUGUGAGGCCCUGGGCUUCGUCAUCGCCUUUGGCUACAGCACGGCCCUCUGCGUCAGCGUCAAGCUCUACGUCCUGCUGGGGGUGCUCGCUGUGAGCAUGGUGGCCUACGGGACAGUGGAGCACUUGGAGGCCAGGCUGCCUGAUGGGAUGCCAGCUGCCAGGCCCACGGCCCACACGGAGCAGCGGGAAGUGCAGACAGCCAUGUGA